AUGAAUCGGAUCAGACAACCGAAAGCGCUUCAGUUCCUAGCUGCGAAAACUGUAGCAAAACAUGUAGACGAGUACAUUAAAAUACACAAUCUUGAAAUUCNUAAAGUGUGCAAGGACGCAAUACGAGAGAUCUGUAUAAGCGAAGACAACAACAUGAACGAUCGCGAACCGCUCGAAGAAGAGGCCGCGCUCCUCAACGCGUUGGACGAUUACAUCUCGUGGGAGGAACGGUGCGACGAACGUCUAGAGACACUGAGAGAAGAGUGCCGUAGAAAACGCCCGCGAUCAUCCACAGGUGUGAUAAGUUGGCACGUCGCUCGUAUCGCGCGACUCGAAAGUCUGCGCGCGGCCCUUCGCGAACGAUUCGCGCACGUUGGUGCGGGUGUCGAGAGCGCGGGACUCGCAUGGAUCGAAGUUGAGACGGCGUUUAAAAAUCGUUUGGUGACCGGCAUCGUGGUGAACAAGUCGUUCAUCGAGCCCCGACGAUUUCUCGAAGCUGCUAGAGACACGGUGCUAACGCGCGUUCAUCGAGCGAUCGCGCGACACGCUAGCGUGAAAGUGAACACGGUGUUCAACGGGAAGUUUGUCGCGGGUGAAAAAACGAGCGUGAAAUCGUUCAAUACGCGCAAUCGCGCGUUGUAUCACUCGUCGGAUCUGCGCGAGUGGUACGAUCGAGAGGUGAUGGAUGCGACAAUGACCACUCUGGAGGAGUUCCAGGAACGCGACAGCGACUGGGCGUUGACGCAGAUAUUGAACCUCACAGUGAAUGUGAACAGUCACAAUCCGAUGCGCGCGGGAUGUCAGAUUAAAAUGUCGCGCGAGGUUAAACUCAAACUAGCUGUAGUGAACGUACAAUCACCUGACAACGCGUGUUUCGCGUGGGCAGUGGUUGCCGCGUUGUAUCCAAGUGCUUCACAUCCCGAACGAAUAUCACAGUAUCCCGCGUACGCGAGUGUGUUGAACCUUGAUGGAAUAGAGUUUCCAAUGACGUUGCAUCAAAUCNCGCGUUUCGAACGCAACAACAACGUGUCCGUAAACGUGUUUACGGCAGCGGAACAGGGACGCGGAUACGUGCCGCUCCAUCUCACAUCGAAUAAGAAGGACAAGCAUGUGAAUCUGUUGUAUGUUCCCGAUCAACACGAUGGACACGCGGGACACUUCGCGUGGAUAAAAAAUUUAUCGCGUUUAGUCAGCUCGCAAUUGAGCAAAAUGAAGACAGCGAAGUACAUAUGCGAUCGAUGUCUACACUACUUCUACACGAGCGAAAAGCUAGCGGUACACACCACGGAUUGUGACCAAAUGAACAACAGCGCAAUCAUUCUUCCCGCUGAGGGAAAGAACAAAUUAACAUUUGAAAAUUACAACAACAAGGAACGGGUUCCAAUGGUGGUGUACGCCGACUUGGAGUGCAUACUCGAGAAACAGGACAAAGAGGAGAACGCAACGAGCGCGCACAAGUACCAAAAACACAGUGCGUUCAGCAUCG